CACCUCAUGGACAAGCUAAACUCUAUAUAAGAGUCAUCAGAGGAACUGGCAUGGUGCAUAGAGACUGACAGAGCUCCAGGGCAGCUGCAAAGUCCCCCCUAUCAGCAGGAGGCAGAUUGUCCAUCUGCACCAAGCCAAGAGGGCACAGGGAUCAGGACCAGCCUCAGACCAGGAGCUCCUUACAGAUCCACUGGAUGAGAUAUGAGGGAUAUUAUGGGCUCUGCUCUCCUGGUUGUGAUACUUCUACUGAUCUCCACUGGAUACUGCAAAGGCAGGACUGACUCCAGUAACCUGACUGACAAGAACCUGCUCAAUUUUAUCAUGAAAAUCAUCAAGGACUUUAAGAAGUAUAACAUUAUAGAAGAGAAUGUGGGGCAGUAUCCCUUAAAGCAAGACUAUUACCCAGAGGACAAGGAGGACAUUGAGUAUGGGGCUUACCAGGAGCAGAGAGUAGAAAUAGUUCCCAGAGACCUUCGGAUGAAAGAAAAGUUUUUAAAGCAUUUAACAGGGCGACUGUCUUUUACAAGCCCAACCUGCAAUAAGCACUUUCGAAGACUCUACAACAGCACAAGGGACUGCACCAUUCCAGCGCAUUACAAGAGAUGUGCACGGCUUCUUACAAGAUUGGCAGUCAGUCCUAUGUGUAUCGAUGGAUAACAGGAAAUGAUAUCAAAGGAACACAAAAUACCAAGAACUAAAAAAAUCCCAAAAAAUAAAAAACCCAACAAAGUGCCUUGGAAACCAACAGGGAACCGAUACAGAUGUUUCUAGCAUAUCCCAUUGUGAACAAAUAAAUUUAUUUUUGCAUACUGACAAAAUAAUGUACUUCCAAAAUUCUCACAAUGUCCAUUUUUCUAUGUCGUCCUGUGUAUGCGGAUGUUUGUAAUGUCCAAUGACUGCCAUACUGAAAGAACGCACGCCCAGUGCGCCCGUCCCCACGGUCAUUGCCAGAGACCCCCUGACCGCAGUGAGGCAUUGUGUGCCUCCUGCCUCCAGGUUCUUAUAUUGCAUAUUAUGUUCUGUGUAAUAUUUUCUGUUGCAAUUUGUGUAUUCAAAAUCCUGUAAUAGACUCUGCUUUGCAACACUGGUAAAUCUAAGUAUUUAAUGCUUCUGCAGCCAAAAAAGUAACGUUUGGUUGACAUAUAUAUGUUCUUCUUAACCCAAAGUUAAAUAUUUCUGGUCACAAGACUUUAUUUAAAAAAUUGCAUGACAAAUUGCCUUGCUCAUUGUCGGCACAGGACAAUGUAUUGUUAUGCAGAGGUCAGUCUACGAGUGCUGCGUAGCCUUCACUUUAUGUACUGUGGAGACAUUUGUGAGCCAGACACGUGGGGCAGCGGACUUGUAUACAGACAUAUACAGGCUGGUGCCAUUCGUU